ACUUUACGAAUUUUGCACCGCGAGGUUCGGAUUUUGCUCGGUCGGAGUUUCAUACUUGUCAACUAUAGCUGAUAAUGAAUUUGAACUUCUCAUCUCUUUUUCAUCUCACUAGCAUUAAUAUCGGCUUGUUGUUGAAUUGCAAUUGUUAAUGAGCUUUUGCAACCAAAGAAACAUACAUACGUUCCUUGAUUAUCAUCUGCACUUCGAAGCGUCAUACAAUCUGCAGACCUGGGAAGAAUCCAAGCUAAGCCAGGACAGGGCAAAUCGCUUCGGGACGUUCACCACCGCCAAGCAAAUUUUCCCCAGACUAGACCUUGGGUAAGAGAUUCUUUGACAGCCGGUGCAGCUUUCUCUGUGGUUUCGAAUCAGAAGCACUUGUUACACAUGUAAUCAUCAUGACUUCGCCCAACAGUGCAGGUCAAAAUGUUGCGAAGCUUCCCCAUACGGAGCAGUCAAACGGUGGGAGCAGCACUUCGGUGACAUCGAACGACGGCAACGGCACGACCCAGAGCAACGACGCAGCGCCCAGGGGCUUCGAUUCAGGGCUGAACGAACAUGGCUUCGCAGAAGCAAAGACACUCGACGAUGAGCCGGAAGCCACGCGAACAAAAUGGGAAACGUCUCUCAUAAUGUUCGCUUUAUGUAGCGGUUUGUUUCUAGCGGCAUUAGAUAUUACUAUUGUGGCCACCGCGGUCCCCACCAUUGUAGCCGAAUUCAAGUCAUCUUCAGGCUAUACGUGGAUUGGAUCGGCAUAUACACUAGCCAAUGCGGCAACUGUACCAUCCUGGGGCAAGAUUAGCGAUAUAUGGGGUCGGAAACCUAUUCUGUUGUGUGCAGUAGCUGUCUUCUGGGUUGGAUCUCUCGUUUGCGCUCUCAGCAUUAACAUGGGAAUGCUCAUUGCCGCCCGUGCUAUCCAGGGGGCCGGCUCUGGUGGUAUUGUCGUGCUGGUCAACAUUGCCAUCUCGGAUCUGUUCAGCAUGCGUAACAGGGGCGUUUACUACGGCAUCAUUGGAAUGGUUUGGGCUCUUUCCAGCGCCAUUGGUCCAGUUAUCGGAGGAGCAUUUACCACCAAGGUCACAUGGCGUUGGUGCUUUUACGUUAAUCUUCCGGUUUCAGCUUGCGGUUUUGGAAUUCUUUUCUUCGUCCUCAAGCUACACAACCCAAAGACGUCCAUCCGUGAUGGCUUGGCUGCCAUCGAUUGGCUGGGCAGUCUUCUCAUUAUUGGCGGAACACUCAUGUUCCUCUUCGGCCUGGAAUUUGGCGGCAUCUCUUACUCUUGGAGCUCAGCGCCUCCGAUCUGUUUGAUUGUGUUCGGUCUUGUGACUGUCGCAUUAUUCGUGAUUGUCGAGAAGUUUGCAACAUAUCCUGUCAUCCCAAUGCGGCUGUUCAAGACACGGACCGCUAUCGUAUCUUUCAUUGUCUGCUUUUGCCACGCAUUUGUCUUCAUAGCCGGUUCAUACUACCUGCCUCUCUAUUUCCAAGGCGUCCUGGGGGCUUCGCCUCUCAUGUCGGGUGUUUACAUCCUACCUUAUGCAUUGGCACUCUCGUUUUUUUCUGCGGGUGUUGGUAUCAUCACGAAAAAGACAGGGAAAUACUUGCCUCAAAUUAUAUUUGGCAUGUUUGUCAUGACACUUGGCUUCGGGUUAUUCAUCGAUCUCGAGGCUCGCGCAAAUUGGACAAAGAUAAUUUUGUUCCAAAUCGUCGCCGGCAUUGGUGUUGGCCCCAAUUUUCAGUCUCCGCUCAUCGCUCUACAAUCGUCUGUGGAGAAGCGUGAUAUCCCGGCGGCUACUUCAACAUUUGGCUUCAUACGCCAGUUAUCAACUUCCAUCUCGGUCGUCGUCGGCGGUGUCAUUUUCCAAAACGAAAUGCAGAAGCAAUAUCCAUUUCUCUUACAAAGCUUAGGGCCAGAGCUUGCGAAUCAGUUGUCGGGUUCGAGCGCAGGCGGCAGUGUCAGUGUGGUCGCAGCUCUACAGGGCACUCAAGGAGAGAUUGCUCGAAGUGCAUAUUGGACCGGUCUACGGACCAUGUUCUAUCUGUACACCGCCGUAUCCGGCAUAGGGCUGCUCGUAAGUCCGUUCAUCGGCCAAAGAACGCUUUCCAAGGAACACAAAGAGCAUAAAACCGGUCUACAAACUCUGCGUGCCCAGGGUGAAGAAGAUGCGGAAGGGCAACACGAAAAGAAGCGUGACUCGCCGGCCUAACCAGCAGCAUUAAAUAUAUAAGUAAAAUAAUAGAAGAAUAAUACCAAGUCAGAG